AUGGCACCUGCACGGGAUUCGCACGAUCCUUGUGGCGAGAGCUCGCCAUUCUGUGUCGUCUUGGGAGCUCAAUGGGGUGAUGAGGGCAAAGGCAAGCUUGUGGACAUCUUGGCGCAGGAUGUUCAGUUGUGUGCACGCUUCAAUGGUGGUGCCAACGCUGGUCACACUUUGAUUGUUGAUGGCAAGAAGUAUGCUUUCCAUUUACUGCCGUGUGGUAUGAUUAACAAGGCAUGCAAGAACCUGAUUGGUAACGGUGUGGUUGUGUCCGAGCCUCGGCGAACCAGUGUGUUGUUGCGCUCAGUAUCUCGUAAUAAUCGUAAUGUGCACAAGUUAACUAGCACGGGAUCUAUUGAAUCUAUUGGGCCACCAUGUUCGGCCGUUCGGCUUUCCACAUAA